GCUGAACUGAAUGCUGAAACUGAAAGGAACCGCGACAUAAAGGAACUUGGAUCGUUGGAUCACCGCUCCAGCUGUGUGGCAAUACAUAACCUCAACUAAAAAUUCGUAUUUGUAGGUUACCUUCUUCAAUCAUUUACUUAAUCAAUUUCACUUCCCUUUGUAUUUUGUAGACAACUCCCAUCGUAACAGAAUGAUGCGCUCACAUUUCAGUACUCUAUUAAUGAAUUGUAAAACUGCUGUUAGUGUAAAACCGUUUGUUCGAAUGAAGACUGCUCAAUUACCUAUUUCGUGGGAGAGACCUGAACAAUUACCUCCACAUCAUCCAGCCAAGUCUGGAGACUUGAAACAACGUGCAGAAGUUGAUUUAACAAGGUUUCCUCAUCUAUUUUCAGAAUCAGAGGAGCUAAAAACAGCCGAUGAAAAUGUGAAACGCAUUUUUAGCUUGAGAUUUCAAAAACAGCGAGUCCAAAACCAAAUCCUGAAACAUGACCUUGCCGAUAAGGUCAGAAGUCACAAGCUGGACUAUACUUCCCGUGAGGUGAAAAUUGCUCUCCUGACAGGUGCCAUACGUAAUUUGACAUACUAUGUCGCUCCACGCAGACGCAAAUCGAUCCCUGCCGAAGUGAGAAUCAAUCUGAAAGAGAUGAUCGACAUGAGAAAGAAACAUCUGCGACUUUUACGUCAGGCCGACUACAAACUGUUCGAAUGGAUCCUAGAUGAACUGGACUUGGAGUUCAAACCUACACCCAGACCUAUUGAGCGAGUGGAGCGUAAACAGUCCAUGCGAAAACUGACGGACCAAUAUUGUGAAAAAGUUCGGGAUGAUAAGUUGGCUGAAUUGAGGGCACAGUUUGAAGCCAAACAGAUUCCGUUCCUAGAAGAGAAACUCGCAAAGCUGCAAUGGAUAAAGGAGAACGAAUCAAAAUACAAACUGCCUGAAUCAGUCACUGAUGAUGACAUAGAAAAUACUAGAAAAAGACUGGAAGAGCUCAAGAUGAAGAGAGAAGAAAAAGAAACUAAAAUAGAGAGUAGUAAUUGAGGUGCGACAAUUAUCCAUAUUUAUCCAGUAAUAAUUGUACUUUAUAAUGUAACAAUGAAUGUAUGUUCACACUUCACAAAAGUGAGUUAUGAGAACAUUGGUAAUAUGCUUUCGUAUCCAUAUCCUGUUGUGCAUACAAGUUGGUAAUAAAUUAUAUUCAUUGAAAAA